AUGUCCCUGAGCUUGUUUUGCCGCGCUUCUCUUCCCACACAACUGCAAAGUGAGGUGCUCGCGACAGGCGGCAGGAAGAGGGGCCUUGAAAGAGUGAAAAAUCUAAUAAAGAGAAAUGGGAUUCCUUCAGUAAUCACCUCUCCACUGGAAUCACUGCAAAGUGGCAACUGGGUCAAGCUCAUCUGUGGUGCUAGUUUUGAGGAUGUGGUUGACAUCAGGAACCUCUCUCUGGUUUACACUCUCGCUGGAGUUGAUUGCAUCGAUUGUGCUGCUGAGGCAUCGGUUGUGAGUGCUGUAAAUGAAGGGAUUAAAGCAGCCAGAGGAAUUGUGCCUAUUCGCAGGCCUUGGGUAAUGAUCAGUGUCAAUGAUGAUGAAGAUCUGCAUUUUCGUAAAGCUGAAUUUGAUCCGAAUGAUUGUCCAUUGGAUUGCUCAAGGCCAUGUGAGAAUAUCUGUCCUGCUCAUGCAAUCUUGAAUUUAGGAGCGGCAAGUGGAGGCAAUGCUGGAGUGGUGGCUGAACGCUGUUAUGGCUGUGGUCGUUGCUUACCUGUUUGUCCAUAUGAUAAAAUAAAAGCAAUUACGUACGUAAGGGACAUUACUGCUACAGCCGAACUUCUCAAACGGGAUGAUGUGGAUGCCAUAGAAAUUCACACGAGUGGAAGGCAGGAUGCUUCGUUCAGAGAUCUUUGGAAUGGUUUGGGCGAUUCAAUUGAUAAUGUGAGGCUUGUGGCAGUCAGCUUUCCUGAUCUUAGAGAUUCAACCAUAUCUGCCAUGAAUGCCAUGUAUACUGCAAUGAAGGCAAAUCUGCGUUGCUUCAAUCUAUGGCAAUUGGAUGGUCGACCCAUGAGCGGAGACAUUGGACGAGGCGCCACAAGGGAAGCCAUUUCUUUUGCUUCAUAUUUAGCCGCAGCGAGAGAUAGGCCUAAAGGUUUUCUUCAGUUAGCUGGGGGCACUAAUGCUCACACAGUUGAGGGGUUGAAGAAAAGGAGACUGUUCCAAACAAAAACCAUAUUCGAUGAAUCAAAUGAUGGAUCUGUGCACUUACAUUCGGUUAGUUCAUCUGACGCGUUGAUUAGUGGAGUAGCUUUUGGUGGCUAUGCCCGAAAGAUUGUUGGUCGGGUUUUGAGUUCCUUGCAAUCGGAGGAUGGUCGAGCUGUCAUUGAGAACUACCCCGAUCAUCUUCUGAAGGCACUUAUGGAAUCCCUUGCUUUGGCCGAUACUCUAAUUCUUUUGGAUUCAAGGUUUGGUCUCAUCCAGGUGUUUCUGCGGGAAAAUAUCAUGGCAACUGGCCAACUUUUCUCGAAAACUACACAAGCAUUAUUUUACAAUUACAAGCAACUGCCUAUUCAGCGGAUGCUUGAUUUUGACUUCCUUUGUGGGAGGGAAACACCUUCUGUUGCUGGAAUUAUAAAUCCUGGUUCUGAGGGAUUCCAGAAACUCUUUUUUGGCCAGGAGGAAAUUGCCAUUCCGGUUCACUCCACUAUUGAAGCUGCCUGUGCUGCACAUCCUACAGCUGAUGUUUUCAUUAACUUUGCAUCAUUUAGAAGUGCUGCUGCUUCGUCCUUGUCUGCUCUUAAGCAGCCGACCAUUAGAGUUGUGGCUAUUAUAGCUGAGGGUGUCCCAGAAUCAGACACCAAGCAAUUGAUUGGGUAUGCAAAGGCAAACAAUAAGGUUGUCAUUGGCCCAGCUACUGUUGGAGGUAUUCAAGCUGGAGCAUUUAAGAUUGGUGAUACUGCUGGAACAAUUGAUAAUAUUAUACACUGCAAAUUGUACAGACCUGGAUCUGUUGGCUUUGUGUCCAAAUCUGGUGGUAUGUCUAAUGAAUUAUACAGCACCAUUGCCCGUGUCAGUGAUGGAAUUUAUGAAGGUAUUGCCAUUGGAGGAGAUGUGUUCCCUGGGUCGACGCUUUCUGAUCACGUCCUGCGAUUUAACAAUAUCCCUCAGGUCAAAAUGAUAGUUGUUCUUGGUGAAAUUGGUGGACGUGAUGAAUACUCCCUAGUCGAGGCUCUCAAACAGGGAAAGAUCACCAAACCUGUGGUUGCUUGGGUCAGUGGAACUUGUGCUAGGCUCUUCAAAUCAGAAGUACAAUUUGGUCAUGCGGGGGCAAAGAGUGGUGGUGAGAUGGAAUCUGCACAGGCCAAGAAUGAAGCACUUAGGGAAGCUGGAGCUGUCGUACCCACUUCAUAUGAAGCAUUUGAAAGCGCAAUCAAAGAGACAUUUGAGAAGUUGGUUGAGGGUGGAACAAUUCCACCAGUGAAGGAGGUGACACCCCCUCAAAUUCCCGAGGAUCUUAAUACAGCUAUUAAGAGUGGAAAAGUUCGGGCUCCAACACAUAUUAUUUCAACAAUCUCUGAUGAUAGGGGUGAAGAGCCAACUUAUGCUGGCAUUCCAAUGUCCUCCAUUGUUGAACAGGGAUUAGGUGCGGGUGAUGUCAUUUCCUUAUUGUGGUUCAAACGAAGCCUUCCACGAUAUUGUACACGUUUUAUCGAAAUCUGCAUCGUGUUAUGUGCUGACCAUGGUCCCUGUGUCUCUGGUGCUCACAACACGAUUGUUACUGCUCGGGCUGGAAAAGACCUGGUGUCAAGUCUUGUUUCAGGAUUAUUAACAAUUGGUCCCCGAUUUGGUGGGGCUAUUGAUGAUGCUGCUCGAUACUUCAAGGAUGCUUAUGACAAGGGUCUUACACCUUAUGAAUUUGUGGAAAGCAUGAAAAAGAAGGGCAUUCGUGUACCAGGUAUUGGACACAGAAUCAAGAGCGCCGACAACAGAGAUAAGAGGGUAGAAUUAUUACAAAAGUUUGCACGUUCCAAUUUUCCUUCUGUCAAAUACAUGGAAUACGCAGUUGAAGUUGAAACCUACACCCUUUCAAAAGCAAACAACUUGGUGCUUAACGUUGAUGGUGCCAUCGGUUCCCUAUUCUUGGAUCUCCUUGCUGGCAGCGGAAUGUUCACCAAACAAGAAAUCGAUGAGAUUGUUGGAAUCGGUUACCUGAACGGGCUCUUUGUGCUGGCACGUUCCAUUGGUCUCAUUGGGCAUACCUUCGACCAGAAGAGAUUGAAGCAGCCACUUUACCGUCAUCCAUGGGAAGACGUUCUCUACACCAAGUGA